AAUAAGCCAGCUCUCUCGGUGACUAAGGUACACGACGGCUUGCGCGCGGAUCGGGAGAUUCUCGAAGAACUCAUCGGCAUCAGCCGCAUUCACAACAUCAUUUUCGAAGUACUUCUUGACGCAUCUACUGCGCGCGCUCAGAAUAUUGUUCGAAAUUUUCUUCCACAUGUGGUUGACACGUGACGUGAGGCGAAGGGUCUUUGCGGGUAGUCGACUAAGGAUAGAUUCUAUGAUUUCGGGAAGGAAUCCAAGAAACGACUGUUCCGAGGGACGUAGAGUGUUCAUUUUUUAACCGCGUCAGCCAGUCAUGAUUUAAAAAGAAAAUUUCAUCGAAGCUAAUGAUGACGUAGCUAAACAUUAUGAGUUCUUCCAAAUUGGCCUGAUUAAUAUCGUUUACUAAUAUUAGCUUUAUACCCAUCCUUCAGAAGGAAUUGACUCUAUGGUAUUAUCGUGGACCUGUUUCAGACUCGAUGAAAUCGCAUUCGUUUCUUCUUGAUGAUAAGCAACUCUAUUCAAUUGUUUUUAUUUUCUUUUUUAGUGUUUUGUGUCGCGCGCGCUGCGAUAAAAACAGUUUUAUGUUCACAAUCAACUUCUAAUAUCGUCUAAUUAUGACGCCCCUAAUAACAAACCACCAUGAAUAUCACGUGACGGGGCAAAACACAAAUACUGCAAGAACAUAAAUAUUAUUUACGCUAUGGAUAAUUCUCCGAAGCAGGGCGGUAAAGGACUUGCGCGGCUAACCAGAGAGAUGGAUAUUGCAAGAAUCGAGGAGUUUGGUAAUGACGAAUCGAGUUCUUUGGCAAAGAAAGACCCGGAUGAGAAAGGUAGAGCGAAUGAUUCGAAAGAAGCCAAACUUAUUCGCUAUCUAACAAACGGUAAAUUAGCACAGAACGUAGAUAAGAAGUUGAUUGAGAAAACUGCAAGGAAGUUAGAAAACGAACUUAUACCAACACGUGCUAGUACUUCUAUUAACAGCGCUUGCAAGGAAAGGAUCAUAAAGAAUUUGAAUGCGAAAGUUCGAUCUAAGAAAAACGAGAAUUCGACGCCAUUUCAUUUUGAAAAAAAUGGUCACAAAAAAAAUUCUGAUGCUAAGGAAGAUGAUCUAGAAAAUAUUCGAUUAACCGAUGUGCUCGCUCAUUUUGAUAUAAUCAAAAAUGACGGCGCGUCAAAAUCUGCGAAGAAUAAGUCAGCUAAACAAAAUGAACCCAAGCCAAGCGCGCCUAAGGCAAGUAACGAAUAUUCAGUGAUUCAACCAACAAAGCCUAAAUUUCUGGUGAAGAAUACCCAGGUUCCUGUAAAAGGUACUAAAUCAAGCGAAAGUGCUUCUGGCUGCAUAAUCCCCUUGAGUAAGAGCAGUGACGAGUACCUUGUGGCUAGCACUGGUGGGGGUCAAAGGGUCUCAGAUGGCGGCAAGAGCGGGGCACGUGGCAAGAGGAAUGAGAGCACACCGCUAGCAAGUGCGCGAGGCAUUAGAGGCAAGGUCUACACCGACGUGGUUGUCAGGCUGCACAGUAACUCGAAGGAUAGCUUUGACACGGGAAGGCGCAAGAAAAAGGGUGUUGUCGCAGAGAGGCGCAAAGGUAUGAGGGAAGAGUGUGAUACUUGGGAUCUUAUCAAUGUCGGUAAAGGUAGAUCAAGGAAAAUGCUGGGCGAGAAAAAAGCGGAAGGUAAACGUGUGGUAAACAAACCUACCAUCGCUAAGCAGGAACAUAAGGAUAUGAAUCUCGCUGGCAAAGACGCUGUUUGUGCCAUUGAAACAUCUCAAACUGUCGACCAAUUUGCUGAGACUGGUGUUUCUGAGUUGACGAAUGAUUUUGAAAGCCAGUCUGCUCCUUUUCUGGGAGACUCAGGAAAGACCAAAAAUGAGGGGAAGGAUCGUAGUCAGAUCAUUAAAUCCGCAACUAUACACAGACCAAAGGCUAAACCUGAUGUUGAUGUUUCCGAUGAAAGAAAAGUAGCCUUUCAUCGGCGAACCAAGAGUGAUGUUCCUACAGAGCGCAAGAGAGAAUUCUUCUCUUGUGAAGACAUAAUGAGAGAUUCGGGUGAAAAGAACCAAUCAGAUGUAAGCACGUGUCUUGGGAAGGGAAUCCCCACAGAUUGUACAUACAUUGCGACGCGAGUUCCCGACUCCUUCCUUCUCAAGGCAGUGAAUGGAGAAUUGUUUGACUCAGAAGGAAGAUGCUUUGAUAAGGUCGCGGCCUUUCGCCCCAGAUCAACCAACGGUACCCAGCCAACAGUCUUAAUCAACUGCAGCGAGUCAAACCAAACGCUGCCAGCCCCUGUUGGACAACUGAACGCAUUGCAAGAAAUGCAAAAGACGCUUAGCACCGCAGAGGCAUUGAAGCAAGUUCACGAUACUAUCUUACAGACCAAAGCCAUGCUUUUGACCAUCUACCGGGAUCUGGGCUCGAGCGCAGACGUGGCGAGGUACAGAGAAAAGAGGAAGCGAGACAUGGAGGAGCAGGUGAAUGCGAGGUUGAAUGGUGCCGCGGUGUACGGUUCGGAUGUCGACCUGGAUUUCGCGGACGCUGACCUGUUACGAAUGGAGUGCGAGGUUCUUGGGAAGCAAGAGAUGAAGAGAUGUGAUGUCCGCACUUUACCACAAACAGAGGGGCUACUACCGGUAUCCUGCCUGGAGAAAAACAGGGGCAAAAAGGGAAAAGAGAAAUCCAUUCUACAGCUCAGUGAGCACUGGAGCAGAAACAAAAGAAACCCAAGGAUCAACUGGGAUAAAGGUAACGAGUAAUGAAGAAGAGCAAAGAUAAGGUUUUUGGGCAUACGAGACGUAGGAAUGUAUUUCAUGAUUACUAUACAUCAACUUUUUACUGAACUCUGUGGUUACUGCUCAAAACGAGAAUAGGAUGAAAACAAAAAUGACUUGAUAAAAGAUCUAAUUUUCCUGGUUUCCAUGAAAUUGUAAACCUCCUCAUUGUAAUUUUUAUAUAGAUUAAAAAGAGAAAUUUUUUUUUUUAGAGAAAUAAUCUUUAUGACAACUGUAUUCAUAUUUCUAUCAAUAAAACACAUGUACGGGAGAA